GUCCAUGGAGACCCCGGUUCGGUCCCCUGCUUGGCGCGGCGGGUCCCGGGCUUCUGUGUCUCGGGGGGCUUGGGAGCCCGGUCGGUGUGCCAGGGAGGAGGAGGGGGCUUGACACACGAUGUGCGGGGCUUUGUCGCCAGAGGAAGUGCGACAUCGCCAGCCAUAGCCGGACCCUCCCCCAUCCUGGGCCGCCCGGUCACCGGAGGGUUUGCCGCCUCUCUCCCAUUCCGGCCUCGCUCCGGUAACAGGGGUCUGGGAACGGACCUCGCGGGACUGUGACGUUCAGAGAAGCAGCGUCGCAUCGCGCCCGGGAUGCGACUUUACAGAGUGAAGCGGUGACAUACCUGGCUACGUCGGCCCUUCACCUCCAAGUGAACCUCACAGACCGCCGGGAGCUAGAAACCCCCGGCCUGCCGGGGGGUUCAGUGCUUGGUGGCCUCACCUGUGGCGUGGGGUGAGGCGGGAAUCCUCACAGUUGGCGCCUCGCAGGCCAGGGGAGUCCUGGUCCGGGUGACUGCAGCCUCCGGCCCAGUGUCGGGGUGUGGGGAGCAGGGAUCGGAUGGCAGACUUUUUGAAAGGAUUGCCCGUCUACAACAAGAGCAACUUUAGUCGCUUCCAUGCUGACUCUGUGUGCAAGGCUUCGAACCGACGCCCCUCCGUCUACCUGCCCACCCGAGAGUACCCGUCAGAACAGAUCAUUGUGACAGAAAAAACAAACAUCCUCCUACGGUACCUACAUCAGCAAUGGGACAAAAAGAAUGCUGCCAAAAAGAGGGACCAGGAGCAGGUGGAGCUGGAGGGUGAGAGCUCGGCGCCACCCCGCAAGGUGGCGCGGACGGACAGCCCCGACAUGCAUGAGGACACCUAGGCCACCUCAGCCCCGAGCGUAAGCGCCCGCCUGCCUGCCCCGCUGCACCCUCCCGCCCCUUCCACACCGCGUCAACCUCAUAGGAGCCGAUGUAUUUAUUUCCUCGAGUUUUUAUUUAUGCUGUAACACGUGUCACGCGUGGGUCCCGGGGACUCAGACCCAAUAGUGAGAUGUCCGUAGAUACUUUCCCAGUUGCUGGUCCACCACCUCCCCCAGGUCCCCAGCCCAGCCCGGGCAGCCCGAGUGUCUGGAGCUGGGGUCCUGCCGCCACUGGGUGGCAGGGCUGGGGCCAGGUGGGGACAGCCAUGCCGCCCAGUGUGUCCUCUGCAGGCCGCCAUGGCCCUCACCCCGCGCUGGCGGUUUUACCAUGGACUCACGUGUGCUCCGUGUCCACCCCAAUAAAGGAUCUUUCCUACUCCA